GAAGUGCAGGGAGGCUGUAAUAGGUUUGGGUUUUGUCAUUGUACUGAUCCUGCAGCCUCUGCAUGAGCAAGGCUGCUGUUAUUGGGAGAAAAAAAGCAAAUCCUAUUAAUCCCCAUAAACAUUUCAUCUGUCUGCGGCAUUGGAUACAGGGAAGCUGCAGAUCUUUUACAGCAGAAGAAGACGGCCUUUCUAGAUCAAGGACAGGAUGGCAGAAAGGAGGGUCAGAGGGGCCUAAGCAAAAUCCUGUAGAGAAGGAAGAUCCUAAAACUGGGAUCCUAUUCACCACAGAAGGUACCAGCUGUUCCUGCUUAAUAUUUCAUUGUCAUCCUGCAAAAUUUAGCAUUUUUAUUUUUCCCAGAGGGGAACAGGUUUAUGGCUCUUUUCCACGCAAUGCUUGAAUUAUUCCAUAUUCUUCUGCCUAAUCCCAGUGGGUAUACGCAAGGGAACCAGUGACUGUAUCUGUACAAGGAGAGAGACAGCGGUCAUUGAAUGAGCUGUACAGGAAAGAACAGUUUCCAGGUAACCAAAACAACAUUGUCUUCCUUUUUUUUUUUUUCAAAAUAGACUUUGAUGCCGGUGUCAGUGGAUUGAAGGAAACAUGAAGGAUUGAGAAAAAGCUAUAUGAGGGAUCAGGCCUAUCAGUUUGUAAGAAUUUGGAAUGACCUGGCUGUUCACGCUAACCCUGGUGUUUGGAUCCGGUUUUCUGAAUAUCUUAUUUGGCUAGAACAUACAAAUUCUAUAUAAUUAUAUCGUUCUCAAAAUUAAAAUAUCCUAUAAAAUCUAAUAGUGAAGAAGAUCUUGGUAUUUCAGCAUAUUGGAUGAACACAAUAUUAUUUAUUACUCGCUGUGGAAUACUGCUUUUUCAGUUAAAUUACAUUUCCCUUCUACCUCACCAAUUCUCUUUCCCUGAACGGUGAAAAAGAGGAGUGCAUUUUAAAUUUUUUUCACCAAAUAAGAACCCAGAGGUGAAACAGUUUUUCUCCAUUUGGCCAUCUUCAUAUUCUCACAAAAGCACUAAUGAUUGCCAUGGCCAAUCCUCCUUCUGGAAGCACUCACUUGGGCCUGAAUUACUAGUACUCCUCUGCCUUCUUCUGUUACCAUAUACUGCCUACUAACUGCUGGGAAGGCAUUGCUUUUGUCAUCUCGUACUAAUGGAGACCAAGCUUCCUGUCACCCCAACCAGUCCGUCCUCCCCUGGUCUGUCCCCUGUCCUGGCUGCUGACAAAGUUGAUGGCUUUUCCAGACGUUCUCUCCGCCGCUCCCGCCAGCGAAGAUCACACAGUUCUUCUCAGUUUCGCUACCAGAGUAAACAGCAGGAACUGACACCAUUGCCCUCUCUAAAAGAUGCUCCUGUCUCUGAACUUCAUGAUUUGUUCUGUAAGAAGUUGCAGCAAUGUUCUGUUAUCUUCCAUUUCAUGGACUGCGUGGCUGAUCUCAAAGGCAAAGAGAUUAAAAGGGCAGCUCUGAAUGAGCUUGUGGAGUGUAUUGCAACCAACAGGGGAGUCCUGAUAGAGCCAGUGUAUCCAGAAAUCAUCAAAAUGAUCUCAGUAAACAUAUUUCGGACACUUCCUCCAAGCGAUAAUCCAGAGUUUGACCCUGAAGAAGAUGAGCCAAAUUUUGAGCCCUCGUGGCCACAUCUACAGUUGGUGUAUGAAUUCUUUCUCCGGUUCCUGGAGAGUCAAGACUUCCAACCAUCUCUUGCCAAGAGAUAUGUGGAUCAGAAGUUUGUCCUCAUGCUCUUGGAACUGUUUGACAGUGAAGAUCCUCGUGAACGGGAGUAUUUGAAGACCAUCCUGCAUCGUGUGUAUGGAAAAUUCCUGGGUCUGCGAGCAUACAUCAGGAAACAAUGCAACAACAUCUUCCUAAGAUUUAUCUAUGAAACAGAGCGGUUUAAUGGUGUAGCUGAACUACUGGAAAUUCUGGGCAGUAUCAUAAAUGGGUUUGCUUUACCUCUGAAGUCUGAACACAAGCAGUUUCUUGUUCGAGUUUUGAUACCUCUUCAUUCUGCAAAGUCCCUCUCUAUAUUCCAUGCACAGCUUGCAUAUUGUGCAGUUCAGUUCUUGGAAAAAGAUUCUUCGCUAACCGAGCAUGUUAUCCGGGGUUUGUUAAAAUAUUGGCCAAAGACCUGCACCCAGAAAGAGGUGAUGUUCCUGGGUGAGUUGGAGGAGAUUCUUGAUGUCAUUGAACCUUCACAAUUUGUGAAGAUUCAGGAGCCUUUAUUUAAACAGAUAGCCCACUGUGUCUCAAGCCCACACUUUCAGGUUGCUGAAAGAGCACUUUAUUUCUGGAAUAAUGAAUAUAUUCUCAGCCUGAUAGAGGAGAACUGCCACACCAUUCUUCCACUGAUAUUCAGCACCCUCUAUCAGGUGUCCAAGGAACACUGGAACCAGACAAUUGUAUCAUUGAUUUAUAAUGUACUAAAGACGUUUAUGGAGAUGAAUGGCAAACUGUUUGAUGAACUCACAGCAUCCUACAAACUUGACAGGCAACAGGAGCUAAAGCGUGAGAAGGAACGUCAGGAGCUAUGGAGAAAGUUAGAUGAGCUCCGUCUUAAGAAAUUGAAUGGUCUCGAAGAAGCUCAGAUGAACCAACUUAACCUACAGCACAGCAGAGGAAGUAAGAGUUAGGAGACCCCCUAAGCCACAUUCCACCAUUUACCAGAAGACCACUGCGGCCAGCCCAACCCCCUCCUCCCCAUGGUUUAACCGUCCUUUGCUUAGAUUCCUCACUUCUUCCCAAAGAGAGGGGGGAGCUCAAGUUUCUUGCUUGCUGUGACCCUACAAACAACAUCAAAAUCUGUACAAGUAUCUGGAAAAAAGAUGUUUUCACUUUACAGCAAAUGUCUUUUCCACUUUCUGACAGCACGUCAGUUUUGCACCUAACAUUCUGGGAAAAGCCAUUAAACAUCUACCUAGGAAUUCUAGGAACAGGUUGGUCAUUUAUCACCAUUUUUACCUCCUCUCUACAAAA